AUGAAUCCCAUUUUCUAUUUGAAAGUAUAUGUUAUACGCCUUCUAACUCGCCUAUUCGCCUGGCUUGACCGACGAGGCGGCCCAUUGCGACCACCUGGCCCAAAUUUGACAGUAAACAUCCCGUCAAUACUUUCCGAGUCUAAGGGUUCAUUCGAUGUGUUCUUCUAUUUUCCACCAGGAUAUGACCGCAACGAUCCCAAGGGAAACGGGUUUCCAGUCGUUCUCAACUUUCACGGCGGUGGUUAUUGCGUCGGACAUGCUCGCGACGACGAACGUUUCAUUGCCGAGUUGACCUCUCGCGGUGCCGUUGUUGCAAGUGUCAAUUACCGUCGAGCACCCGAGAGUCCAUAUCCAGUCGCGAUCGAAGAUUCCUUAGACGCAUUGCUUUACAUCUGGCGCAAUGCAGCCUCUUUAAAUAUUGACAAGCAUCGAACCGUUCUCGCUGGUUCAAGUGUUGGUGGCCACCUCGCCUUCACUUCCCUUCUCAUGCUCUGGAAGCGGAUGAAAGAUAAACGCCUCCAAAUUGAUCCUUCAAAUCUGGGAACCGUCAAAGGAAUAAUGGCUUUUUAUCCAGUCAUGGAUAUGACUAAGAGCCGUGCUGAGCGUGCUCAAUCCAACCCGGCAUUCUUGGCACUGAAAAAGAAGCCGGCAUCCUCUAAAAAGUUCAUCGGAUCUGUUUUCGACGAGGCUUUCUUCUGGAAACUGAAAGAAAAGCCAGACAAAGGCUUCAUGUACCUCUCUCCCGGGCUUGCGCCUGAGGAUUCGCUGAAAGAGGCUUUGCCUCCUAUCAUAUCGUUCAAACUUGCGGGUCUUGACUAUCUCUUGAGCGAGGAGAAAGAAGCAGUUCGUCGCCUGGGAUUGUUGGGGAAGAAAGUUGACUGUGAAGUUGUGGAAGGGGUUUCCCAUUAUUGGGACCAUAUGGCAAGAACACCGGAGAUGAAGGAACUGAGGGAUAAAUGCUUGGGAAAGGCUGCGGAGGAGAUAGAGCAAAUGUGGCAGAGCUGA